AUGCGCCGGGCGAGGGCCCUGUGCCUGGUGCUGGUGUUGGCGUGCUGUGCCCACGCGGCGCUCGCCGCGCGUCCGGGCAUGGGGCUGCGCAAGAUCGGCGACAAGAUCAGCCAGCUGAAGCAGAGCGCCCUGUCGUGGAUGUCGAGGGCCCAGGCCCCCGAGCCGGCCCCGCCCGCGCCGUCCGACGGGCCGACGCCGCCGGCGUACAGCGACCAGUACGUCGUCGAGAUGGACUACGAGCUGCCGUACGUCGCGGAGGUCCAGCCGCGCAAGAUGGUCCAGCCGGUGAAAGUGUGGUACGACGACCCGGCGGAGAGCCAGCGCAUCGAGUACUACGGCGGAAUGGACACGUACCUGUGGCGCUACGACAAGGACAUGGCGUGGGAGAUCACGCCGCACAAGGACAAGGAGGUGUGCAUGGAGUUUGCGGUCGGCGGGGGGCCGAUCCGCGGACGCAGCUUCGACCGCGACGCCGCGCCCACGCGCGAGCGGGGCCUGCGCGAGCUCGGCGAGGAGAACUACGUCGAGCGCAUCGCCGCCAAGGGCGCUGCGUUCACCCCGCACGACGUCGCCACGCGGGACGUUGCCGCGCGCGCCCUCGAGCAGCUCCAGGGGGGCGCGACGUGGGGGCCCGGGCACGAGAUGGACGAGCGCUGGCGCGCGCUGGCGGGCGCGGCGGGCGGCCUGGAGGGCGCGCUGGGCAGCCACAAGAGCAAGCUGAUUCCGAUCCUGCCCACGUCGUUCGAGGGCUGGGAGUUCGUGGGGACCGACGACGCGGACGACGCGCAGGCGUACGUGUGGGAGCUCACGGACCAGCGCUUCGACAAGACGAACGUGUACCGCUUCUACGCGAGCGCGACGGAGACGGCCAGCGACGGCGCCGCGCUGCCGCUCAAGCUGGAGAUGCACGGCGCGAACAGCGCGUUCGGGUCGCACUACGACAUCUACGUGUUCCGGUACAAGUCUUACGAGCCCGGGCAGCCCGACGCGGCCGUGUUCGACGCGCCGGACUCCUGCGAGGAGGAGGACAACGUGCGCAGCCACCGCAAGCAGGCCCCGCGGGGGCUCCUGGCGGCCGGCGCGCAGCUGUCGCGCAUGCUGCCGGUGCCGCCCGCGCACCGCGGCCUGCACGCGGCGUACGACGAGUUCGUCCUGGGCACGGGCCGGCGCCACACCAGCACGGCGGAGUACGUGGCGCGCGCCAAGGUGUUCCACAACAUCGCGGCGAUGGUCGCGCGGUGGAACGCGCAGCCGGAGGCGUCGUACCGCAUGGCGCUCAACCGGUUCGCGGACAUGACCGAGCUGGAGUUCAGCUGGGUGAUGCUGCAGGCCAAGGGGUCGCACCCGCUGGCGGCGGUGGCGGGCGACGGCAGCGAUGACGACAGCGACGCGGACAGCGACAGCGACGACGACAGCGACGCGGACAACGACGCGGACAACGACAGCGACGCGGACGACGACGCGAACAGCGACAGCGACAGCGACAGCGACAGCGACAGCGACAGCGAUGACGACGACGGGCACAAGAAGCGGCACAGGCACCACCACCGGCACCACCACCGGCUGCCGGAGUCGAUCGACUGGACGAACACGGGCGCGAACUCCGCGGUCAAGGACCAGGCGUCGUGCGGGUCGUGCUGGGCGUACGGCACCUCGCAGGCCUCCGAGGCCGCCGUCUUCAUGGCGACGGGCAAGCCGGUCGUGCUGUCGGAGCAGGAGCUCGUGGACUGCUCGUGGGACAUCCUGGGCUACGACAAGAAGGCCGACAAGUACUACUACAGCGAAGGCUGCGGCGGCGGGUUCCAGCACCUCGGGUUCGUGUACGCGAUGGACAACGGGCUGCACACCGAGGCGGACUACCCGUACAUCGGGCAGAACGCGUACUGCGGGCAGCAGACGCCCGAGCUGCUCCGCGGCGACGGCGCGCCGAUCAAGGUCGACGGCUACGUCAACGUGACCAACUACAGCGUGCGCUCGCUGAAGAAGGCGCUGCGGGACUACGGGCCCAACACGAUCUCCAUCAACGCCGACCUCGCGUCCUUCCGGUUCUAUGGCAGCGGGGUGUACGACAACACGGACGAGUGCGUCGGCGACCCGGCGCACCUGGACCACGCGGUGAUGGUCACGGGGUACGGCGUGGAGGACGGCUUGGAGUACUGGAACGUCAAGAACAGCUGGAGCACGUGGUGGGGCGACAAGGGGUACAUCAAGGUGCUGACCGCAGACAACACGUGCGGCGUGAGCACCUCCCCGAUGUACGCCUACAUCGACUGA